ACACACAGUGGAUGGGGGAGGAUGAAGUGUAAAAACACAACCACACACACUGUGAACUGCGUCAGCCUCAGUUUUGCCGUUGCAGGCUGAUGCGGGACGGGCAGGAUGGACCCAUCAUGCACCAGUAUUUGGACCGGGACUUUAAACCCACAUGGAGGCAACCAUCUGGAAAGAUCUACAGACCUCCGUUAAUCCUGGCAUGUCCCAGAUGAGAGACUACAGUAAUGACUGUCAUCACUUUCACUGUCUCGGUGCUGUGCCUGCUGCCCCCGGCGGUGCUGGCCCGGUGGUCGUGUGUCCGGGCGUGUCCUCCGCCCUGCUCCUGCACCCAGGAGAAGAGCUGCACGGUGCUGUGCGACCGCUCCAGCAUCUCGGAGCUGCCCAAAGAGUUCCCCUGCGAGGCGUCCGCCAUCAACCUGGACAAGAACAAACUCAAGUUCCUGUCGGAGCGGGCCUUCGGCACGCUGCCCUCCCUCAAGACUCUCUCUCUGGACCACAACAACAUCUCCUUCAUCACCCCUGGGGCCUUCAAGGGCCUUCCCAACCUGGUGGAGCUGAGAAUGGCGCACAACGACUACAUCAGUUACCUCCACACACGGGCUUUCACGGGGCUGAAGAAGCUGGUGCGCCUGGACCUGUCAGACUGCAACCUCUUCAACAUCCCGGACCGCAUCUUCCUGGAGCAAACCGCGCUAAAGGAGCUGCUCUGCUUCCAGAACAACUUCAGGAGGAUCCCCGGUGCGUUCAGGGGCAUGGAGAACCUGACACACAUCUACCUGGAGAGGAACCGGAUCGAGGCGGUGGCCUACAACUCCCUGCUGGGCCUGGGCAGUCUCAAGUACCUAAACCUCCAGGAAAACCGCAUCAACGUGAUCCAUGACCAGUCCUUCCAGGACCUCGUGCGGCUGGAGAACUUCUACCUCAACGACAACGUGCUGUGUGAUCUGCCGCGGCACGCCUUCAAGGGCCUCGUCCGCCUCAAGAUGCUCAACCUCGGGGGAAACCUGUUGACCAACGUAUCUAAGACCUGGUUUGGUGACCUGGUGGAGCUGGAGGUCCUUUACCUGGACAGGAACCAGCUGGUCAACAUCGAGGAAGGCACAUUUGAGAACCUGACCAGCCUGAUCACCCUCCACCUGAACAGCAACAACCUCACCACCCUUCCCUUCUCCGUCUUCCAGCCCAUCUACUUCCUGGGCCGCCUUUACCUCUUCCGAAACCCCUGGGAGUGCGACUGCUCCCUGGAGUGGCUGAAGGAUUGGAUGGAAAGCUACAAGCUGGUGCGGGACAUCCCGUGCGCCUCGCCUACCUCCGUGGCGGGGCUGGAUCUCAGCGAAGUGGUUUUCGCCAAGGUGAACGGCACGUGCGUGGACCCCGGGGAGCUGAACCUGACCACGGUGUCGUCGGAGAUAGCCUCCACCACGGAAAACCGCUUCAACAGCCUCAUUUCCAAGCUGCUGCAGCAGGAGCUCCGAGAGGAGUUGGGGAACGGGACGGAGAGCCUCCGCAACGCGACACUGCCCGAGGAGGGGCAGCUGUCUUCGGGGGUCGCGGGGCGGCGGGCCCAGGCACGCCAGUCGCUCCUCUGCUUCACUGUAGCGUGGCUCAUCUUUGGUUUGAUUGGCCGGUCAGAUGUUAAUCACAGUAUUUCUUGCACAUGAGGACUUUGGCUUCCGGACCCACAGAAACAACAAGAAGUAGCUUUUUUUUAAAUUUGCCGUUGAGAUAAAAUGGAUGGAAAAUGUUUUCAGCACACGUGCGGUUGCCGGUGCGAGUUUUUCGUGCCAAAACGUCAAAUAUGUGGGAUUCUUUUUUCUGUUGAAAUGAAAGCAAUUCUUCGCAUGGAAAGAUUGGCAGUGACACGGCGGUAUUUAUUUCCACACGAGCUGUUUCUACACGAUAAUCUAGAAUCUUUAUAGAGGACACAUCUGAUGCAUAUCGUUCAUCAUAGGUCAUAUAUAAACAGCUCUGCCAAAGGAUUGACUUGUGUGGAUUUCAUACUGUGGAUUACUGUGGCGACAUGAUGAAAAUGUACAUGUGAGCCUCCACCUUUUGUUAUAUAUAUGUAUGAAUUAUAUAUUGCAUAACACUCAAUUUUAAUUAAACAUUACGCUAAUAUUCGUAGCAUUACAUAGUCUGUUACGAGUCUUUUUUUGUAUUUUCAUUGACAUCUAUGUGUAAAGUUAAAGGAGAUAAGAGCUCCUGUAGUUAUCUCCUAAACAGAUGUGCUCUCUGCUCUAAAUGUGGGUUCUGCAGCUUUUCCAUGAAUGCAUUAAUCUUCUUAUUGCAUGCGGCUCAGUGUUGUUGCCGCUUGUGUUUGCUACAGUGAAUGCAGGGACUUUCUCGUUGCUUUUGUCUCCGAUGCCCCUCGUGGACGUGACCUACGCCCUAUUUGAUUGGCACAUGGCAGGCUGUUGAUGGGGGAGGGGAAAGUGACAACACAUGUCAGUGCCCCUUGGGAUAAUAAAAGUAGGGCUGCAACUAACGAUUACUUUCAUUGUCGAUUAUUAAUGCAGAUUAUUUUCUUGAUUAUUUGUUUGAUUUCCAAAAAAAAAUCAGAAAAUUGUGAAAAAAUGUGCAUCAAAAAAAAUUACAAAAAGCCCAAGAUGAUGUCCUCAAACGUCCUUGUUUUAUCCACAACUCAAUGAUGUUCAGUUCACUGUCACAGAGGAGAGAAGA